AAAAAGCUGUGACACCAUGAAUGAAUCCUAAAUGGCGUCUUUUUUUAAAUCAAGUGCACUACAUAGAGAGUAGAAACCUUUAUUUCAUAUCAUAUGUAGUGCACUUUAUUUAGUGAAUUUAUUUAGCAGUGUUAUUUAGGAUAGAGCAACAAACGCAGCACACUGCUGUAUUUUGCGUGUUUACGUGUUUUUGUCAGUGUGUUUAUUAGUGUGUUUAUUCCUCUUAAAAUUAAUUUAACAGCUAAUAAACCUUCAAAAUGAGUAAUAUUUAUAUUCAGGAGCCACCAACGAACGGGAAGGUUUUAAUAAAGACCUCAGCAGGUGAUAUAGAUGUAGAGCUUUGGUCUAAAGAAGCUCCUAAAGCCUGCAGGAACUUCAUUCAGCUCUGUAUGGAAGGUUACUACAACGGAACCAUUUUCCACCGCGUGGUUCCAGAUUUCAUCAUUCAGGGCGGUGAUCCGACUGGCACUGGGACCGGGGGGGAGUCUGUCUACGGCCGUCCUUUUAAGGAUGAGUUCCACUCCAGGUUGCGGUUUAUCAGGAGAGGUUUGGUGGCGAUGGCUAACGCUGGACCUCACGAUAACGGCAGCCAGUUUUUCUUCACUCUGGGCCGAGCCGACGAACUCAACAACAAGCACACUAUAUUCGGAAAGGUGACGGGUGACACGGUGUACAACAUGUUACGGUUAGCGGAGGUGGAGUGUGACAGCAACGAGCGACCGCUAAAGCCACACAAGAUCAGAUCUACAGAGGUCUUACAUUCUCCCUUCGAUGACAUCGUGCCUCGUGAGAUACGAGUCAAGAAAGAGAAACACAAAGAGGAGGGAAAGAAAUCUCAGUCCAAGGCAACGAAAAAUUUUAGUUUGCUGUCAUUUGGUGAGGAAGCAGAAGAGGAAGAGGAAAUGGUCACUCAAGUCAGCCAGACCAUGAAAGGAAAAAGUAAAAGCAGUCAUGACCUUCUGAAGGAUGACCCCAAGCUGAGCUCCGUUCCCGCCGUGGACAGCAAAACGAGUCAAGGAGACGCUUCCGAGGGAGACGAUGAAACACAGGACCAGGAUGAUGAUGAUGAUGAUGAUGACGACGACGACGAUGAAAAAAUGAGGAAGAAGGAAAUGAGAGAGCGCAUCUCAAAAAAGCUGAAGAAAGAGAAGGUGGAGGAGGAGAAGUCUGAGGCGCGGGAGGAGACGGAAAAGAAGAGCAGUCGCAGCGAUGAACUCCGUAAAGAAGCUCGUCAGCUGAAGAAGGAACUCCUCGCGAUCAAGCAACGAAAGGAGGAGAGGAUGAAGCCGGAGGAGGACAGCGCAGGUGAGAAGAAAGCGCCGAGCGAGGCCGUGUCCGAGUACCUGGAGAGCAAGAAGAAGUACGAGGAAAUGAGGAAGCAAAAGCUGAAGAAGGGUUCGAGCAGAGAGGCGCAGACACUCGCUCUUCUGGAGAGUUUUAAGUCCAAGCUGUCAUCAGCUAUUUCUGAAACCCCCGAGACGCCUGACGACGAGGAGCUGGAAGAGGACAAUGAUAAAGGAUGGAUGGCGCACGUGCUGCAUUUUGAUGAGCAAUCCAGGAAAGUGAAGGACGCUAACAUGCAGGACGAAGACACGUUUGAGAUCUACGACCCGCGCAACCCCGUCAACAAACGCAGACGAGAGGAGAGCAAGAAGCUGCUGAAGGAGAAGAAGGCCAAGAGGUGAUCUCCUCCUCAUCACAUCGUUCCUCUCACGCUGUAUAUAUUCUGUUCAGGAUGGACUUCACUCUCGCGCUCGCUUAACAUCACAAACAUGUCUUUGGGUAAGAGAUAAAAUAAAGGACACGUGAGAAAAUAUGAAACCUGAUCUUCUCAGAAUGAGAACUGGAGUUGUGUCAAUUUAAUAAAGGAUUGCUUUUUUCUAAAA